AUGACUGUUAAUGUUCUUCUCAGACUGAAUAACUCUGUUCCAAAUGCAAUUCCCAACCUUCAACAAGAGCUUGACGAGUAUAAAAACAACCCUCUUGAUCCAGAGGCUGAGGAACAAAUAGAAGAAGAAAUAGAAAAGUUGCAAGAAAUGGAGAAAAACCUCGAAAUGGAAGUACAGACUGUAAAGAAGGAUUUUGAAGAUUUUAAGGGAAAUGUUAAAGAAGUAAAGGAAGAUGUUGCUGCUGCACAUAGAAAGAUUGAUGAAGAGUUGAAAGUGCGAAGAAAAACAGCAAGAGAAUCCCCGAGCAUAUUCCGAAGACUAUACACGAAGGUAUUUAUGCCCAAAAUAAAGAAAGACCUGAAGGAAGAUUUGAUUGCGCUCUACAGGGAACAGUAUCAUAACCUACCUCUUUCACCCUUAAUAGAAGAACAAGACACUUCUCUGCUUAAGUUUUACGUCAUGCCGGACAUCAGUUCAGUGGAAAUCCAAAGAUCGCUUGGAGGUGGCAAUGAAAUUAAGUCAAAGGUAACCUCACUACGUGAUGUGUUCUACAAGAAAAGCAAAACGUGUCGUGAAAUUUAUCUUACAGCAGAUGCUGGGCUUGGAAAAACUGCAUUUAGUAAGCGGCUCGUUUUGACGUGGUGUCAAGCUAAAACGCGUAUCAAAAGUGAACAAAAAUUCUUUAAGGAGGAAGAUAUUCGGACAAUGUCAGAGUUUGAAUUUGUGUUCUUGUUGUCAUUGCGCGAUUGUUCUGGGGAAUGCGACAUUGAUGAGAUGAUCGUUAAACAAAUAAUUCCACGGCUAGCACACGCUUCUGUAACUGUACGCGACAUAGAAACUAUUCUUUCUAAGGGUAAAGGCUUGGUAAUUCUUGACGGAUUAGAUGAGUGGAUACACCCUGAGACCACCUGUAAGCUAAGACCACGUGACAUUCCACACAGGAAAGCUAGGAAAUGUACAAUUCUCACAACAACUAGACCGUGGAAGUUGAGUGUCAUCAGUUUAAGUUCAAGUCAAAUAGAUCAAAAGUUGGAACUUGUCGGACUUAACAAAGAGUCAGCCUAUGAAUUAAAGAAGAAUGUGAUUUCACAUUUGUCUGAGAAACCUCAGAUUGCAGAUGAACAUAUCGAUCAAUUUGAUUCUGCUGUCGAAGAUAAAGGUAUUUCGGAUUUGGAAACCAUUCCACUUUUGUUGAUGUAUCUUCUGUGUUUAUGGUGUGAUGAAAUAGAUCUAGGAAGGUCUAAAUGUGAGAUAUACUGCCAAAUUUUUGAGCUGCUCCUGAAACGAACGUUUAGAAAAAAUCCACACUUACAACAGGCGCGGGAACCACCCCAAAGUGAUAUCCCGCAAUUCUUCAGUGAACUCGUGCAUUGCAAAAAUUAUUACACACUUCUGCAAGCUUUAGGACAAUUAGCAUUUGAAACAUUAUUUAGUGAAAAACAUGAAAGCACACUGGCAUUUAGUCCAUUAGUUACGAAAAAGUAUCUCAACACAGAAGAUAUGGAAUUAUGUCUUGAAUCAGGAAUAUUAACACAAAGUAAGGAAGUAAAAUUAACCAGUCAAAGUUCCAAAGUUUCGUUUUCACACAAAACUUUACAGGAAUAUUUCUGUGCACUGUACGUUAGCUGCCAAAAUGAAAAUGAUGUCGAAAAAUUAGUCCAACAAAAGUUCAGCAGUGUACAAAAUAUUCUUGAUAUGUCGACAGUGUUUAUUUUCAUCAGCGGAAUGAAUGCAGAAAUCAUGUCUUCAAUAUCACGCGAAUUAAUGUCUGUAAUCAGUGAAGAUAAAAUAACGAGAACAUACAGAUCUAUGACAGACUACGAUUACAGGUACGUUAAUCCUCUGAAAGACAUACAAAACAUGUACGUUCCUUGCUUGAAAGAAAACACGGACAACACUUCUCUUUGUUUCCAGGAUUUUAUCAUCGACGAUGACUAUCAAAAAGAAAAUCACUUCUUGGAUUUAAAAUGGCUGACAAAACACAAUAAAAGUAAUAUGCAGUCAGUAUUAAUCAGAACAGGUGUUCAUAGUUUACGUGAACUUAUCGAUCAGUGUGAACUUGAUGACCUGCACAGCGUCAAGAAAAUCUAUUAUGAAGGGGAAUGCAAGGAAGCGGAAAUUAUUCGGUUGUUGACAAACAAGUCGUUGGAAUGUGUAACUGUUAGAUCAGGUACAUGGCAAGGUAAUAACUUUAUAUUCAAACGUAGUUCUUGUUCGAGUGAACUGUCUAAAACAUUUCAGAAUAUUUCUCAGUUACGAGCAAUUCAUAUCGAUGGUUUCGAGCUGGAGCACGAUGUGCUGAAGGAGUUUCUGAAUUAUAUUAUAAACAGAAAAUCAAUGGCGGAGAUUAUAUUGUACGACUUACACUGUGUCACACACGAUAUUUCCUGCGGAGAAAUGAAUUUGGACUUUUCCCAGCAUUCAGAUCUAACGACGUUAGCAUUAGACAAAAUACCUGUGUCACAAUUAAAAGUGAAUGUAUCGUCGUUAGAGAAUUGUCUUGUAGGAGAUUUAUCCAAACCCGGUCUGUCCACGUCAUUCCUGAGAAAGCUGCCAGCAGCCAGUAAACUACACACAUUUAGGUGUGGUUAUCUAAAAUCUUCCGAUGACAUUGAAACAUUGCUGCAGACAUUACCAUUGUUAGUUCAAGUGAAAGACGUUAGGUUGGUGGAUAUCAACCUAGGUGAAAGGUCAGUGUCUCUGUCACCGGAAAUGGUAAAUAUAGAAAAUGUUUACCUGGAGGAGGUAACAAUGUCUGGUUCAUCAUUACGUAAUCUAGUUAAGGUAGUAGAGAAACUUCCACGCUCGGUGACAGUAAUAAUGCACGCUUGUAAUAUAACACCGGAAACAGAAUUUGCAGACGUUAAAAAAGAUAUAAAAACAUCGGAGAAUUUCAUGGACAUCACGUUUGAUGGAAUCAAUCGGUACAAACAGUACGAGUUUGUGUUUCAAACAACUGUAGCUGGAAGUCGAGUACAUUAAGUUAACCAGUGAACUUGGACUAAUAGUGUAAAUAUUUCAUAAACAUUACUCAUUGAAUAUAUGUAACAUAAAACAUAACACAGAUGACAUAUGACACACAUAUAUGUACAGAGUUAAAAAUAGCUGCUCGCGAGUGAAAUAGACACGAAAAUCAAUUCUAAUUUAGCUACCAGUACUGAUUAAGAAAGAACAGGAGUUAAAGUGGCCGAGUUAAAGUACAUGUAGUUGUGCACAGAUGAAGAGGAUGGACGUUCUCAUACCUACAUUGAUUGAUUACACAAGCCAGCAUGUGUUCACUAGGUUGCUGCUUUGUACUGGUGUGUCUUAUGACAGUAGAUGAAACGACUUGUCGUCCAAAUCUGAAAUCAACUAAUUAUACUCUUGUCAAGAGCAGUUGUAUGGACAUUCGUCACAAGAGGUUCAGUUUUGUUUACCAGUGUUGGUGGGAUUCUGUCUCCAGAAUAAGUUAAGUUAUGCUUAGACAUACAUAUUUAAUUGAAAUUUUCAAUAAGGCAUGAUAAAAAGAAUUAUUUGUAUCCGGUAUCUCGACACACCCUAAACUUUUUGGCAGUGUUUAUAAGAAAUAUCAAACUGCAUGCAGUAGUUGCUUCUCUUCAACCUCAGAACUAUACAAAUAGGUAAGGGAGAUCACUGUGUAGAACAAGCAAAUUCGAUGAAUUGGUAUCCCCAGCCGAAAGGGUUUGUGGUGAGGAAUGGCAAAAACAUAUAUCCGGCAAAAAGUUAAGGAUGUUAAUAAGAAGCAAAUAAUUUCAUUAGUCAAAAUCAAUUUAACAGAAAACAAAUGUUUAAUAAAAGAGUACAUAAUAAAUGUAUGAUACUUUGAUCUUGAAGAAUUUAUUUUGAAUGGGACAUGCUUACUGUAAUAAGCUUAAUUAGCUUUUAAAAUUAAAUGCAGUUAAUUGAAAUGUGAGCUUGAAGUUUAACUGGAACGAAAUAUUGUCUUUGAGUGGUUUGGCACCAGGCGUUGCAGUUUAACAUGUACAUUUGAACUUAAAAGAACAGAUGUUCUUAAGAGAACACAGGUAAGAUAUCUUGAACAUGGCUGAGGACAAGGUUUGUGCAGUCACAACUUAAUAUAUUUAUUUUUUAGGGGGUGGGGGUGUGGGGGAAUGGGAGAGGAAACAAAAUUUCACAUGUUGAUUAUAAAUAUUGAUGGAAAAUUAAAAAUGAAAAAAAGGUGAAGUUUGAAGGGGGGGGGGGGGCAGAGGAUGCAUGAUCAGUGGUGGGCAUGACUGGGUGGAGGAGUGAGGUGGGGGUAUGGUAAAACUUGCAUGUUGAUAAAUAAUCAUGGAAGGUUUGAAACAAAUCUAAAAUAAGAAAUGGAAAAAAAAAAUAUUUUUCUGCCAAAUGGUAAAUUUGUUAUGUACAAAUAUGUGGAUUUUUAGAAAAUUAAAGGGCAAUAACUCUGAAGUUACAAAAGAAACCCGUUCGAAAUUGUGUGUGCACAACUACAUUGUAGUGCUCUAAAUUCUGUUAACGUUUCAUAGUUCAAGGUCAAAUAUAUCAAAAGUUAUGAUGCAGAACUUGCCAUAUCUAUAGAUCUAUAGUACCCUAUAUAGUUAACACUGGAAACUUCUAAGGACCAUAACUCUGGCGUUACUUGGGCAAUCUGUCUGAAACUUGAUGGGCCCUAUAACCUCAUAGUGGUGAACAUGUAUAUGAAGUUUGUUAAAAAAAUUUAAAUAAGGAAUUUUUUUAUGCCCCCGAAGGGAGGCAUAUAGUUUUUGAACCGUCUGUCGGUCUGUCAGUCUGUCCGCAAUUUUCGUGUCCGGUCCAUAUCUUUGUCAUCCAUGGAUGGAUUUUCAAAUAACUUGGCAUAAAUGUGAACCACAGUAAGACGACGUGUCGCGCGCAAGACCCAAGUCCGUAGCUCAAAGGUCAAGGUCACACUUAGACGUUAAAGGUCAUAUUUCAUGAUAGUGCAUUGAUGAGCGUGUCCGGUCCAUAUCUUUGUCAUCCAUGGAUGGAUUUUCAAAUAACUUGGCAUGAAUGUGUACCACAGUAAGACAACGUGUCGCGUGCAAGACCCAGGUCCGUAGCUGAAAGGUCAAGGUCACACUUAGACGUUAAAGGUCAUUUUUCAUGUUAGUGCAUUGAUGGGCGUGUCCGGUCCAUAUCUUUGUCAUUCAUGCAUGGAUUUUAAAAUUAUUGGGCAUGAAUGUGUACCACAGUAAGACGACGUGUCGCGCGUAAAACCCAGGUCUGUAGCUCAAAGGUCAAGGUCACACUUAGACGUUAAAGGUCAUAUUUCAUGAUAGUGCAUUGAUGGGCGUGUCCGGUCGAUAUCUCUGUCAUUCAUGCAUGGAUUUUAAAAUAACUGUGCAUGAAUGUGUGGCCCAGUAAGACGACGUGCCAUGCGCAAGACCCAGGUCCGUAGGUCAAAGGUCCUAAACUCUAACAUCGGCCAUAACUAUUCAUUCAAAGUGCUAUCGGGGGCAUGUGUCAUCCUAUGGAGACAGCUCUUGUUU